AUGAAAAUUCAAGGGCCUGCUACUUCAGCAAGAUUUCUAGGGAUCCAACAGUCUGUCCAAUGUCAAGAUGAAUCUUCUGAGUCAGAAGGGCUAUUGGGAGGGCACCUGAAGAGAAGGAAGCCUGAGGAGUGUGGCUGUGGCAAACAGAGCUAUUACAAUAAAGAGAAAGGUGUAAAAAAGCAAGAGAAAUUAAAGAGCCAUCUUCACCCAUUCAAGGAGGCAGCCCAGGAAGUGGACGGCAAGCUGCAGCUUUUCAAGGAGAACCGCAGGCGGAGGAAGGAGCGGAAGGAGAGGAAGCGGCAGCGGAAGGGGGAGGAGUGCAGCCUGCCCGGCCUCACCUGCUUCACCCACGACAACAACCACUGGCAGACCGCCCCCUUCUGGAACCUGGGAUCUUUCUGUGCUUGCACGAGUUCUAACAAUAACACCUACUGGUGUUUGCGUACAGUUAAUGAGACGCAUAAUUUUCUUUUCUGUGAGUUCGCUACUGGCUUUUUGGAGUAUUUUGAUAUGAAUACAGAUCCUUAUCAGCUCACAAACACAGUGCACACGGUGGAGCGGGGCAUUCUGAAUCAGCUGCACAUCCAGCUGAUGGAGCUCAGAAGUUGUCAGGGGUAUAAGCAGUGCAACCCGAGACCUAAGAACCUUGACGUUGGAAAUAAAGAUGGCGGAAGCUAUGACCUACACAGCGGUGAUUCUCCUCCCAGUUCCUCGUUUUGUGUGCCAUAG